GCUGACAGUAGAGGCAGCACACGUGACAACUGAACCCGAGCAGCUGUUUACAUGAGAAAAGGAAGUAUCCAAAGAGCCUCGACAGCAGAUUUAUUCUUCUUUUGAAACUAAAAUGUCUUCUUAGCUCACAGUUAGACCUUUAAUCCGGUUUCUCCGGUCCCGGUUCACCGCGCGAAGAUGUUGGAAGCGGAUCAGCGGCUGCAGGCUGGAUCCACGGAGGUAGCUGUGAUCCCGGAGAAUCAGCACUGUGGUGAUGUAGCGGACGUACGGAAAGCUGAGCUUGCCCCUGGAGGCUCCCUGCUCGGAUGUCUGGGGGUCCGGGGGCAGCUGGUGGUGUGGGACCCGGCGGACAGAGAACCUUCUCCGGCUGCAGUGGAGGGCAGCUACCGAGAUUUUUCGUGGGAGGAGGUGUCCGUCCACUCUCGGGGAGUCGGCGGCUUCAGGCUGCUGGCUGUGGGAUCUCAGGGUGACCUGAAGCUGCUGGAGGUCAGGGCUGAGCGGUCGGCCUUCACCUCCGUGCUCCGUGUGUGUGAGUAUCCUGCAGACCGCCUGCUGCAGACCAUCAGAGACCAGGACCCCAGUGAGUACCAAAACCGCCUAGACCACCCGCCUGUGUCGGCUGAUCUGAGCACAGCCGUGGCCGUCACUCAGUCCCACGCCGCCAUCGCCGUCGACCUCAACCACUACUUCAGGAUGUUUCCGGACCACCUGCUGUGCGCCGCACCUCGGUCACGCCCCCCUCUUCAGCCGCAGCACCCCAGAGACCAGGACAGCCUGUCGAGCUCCAGCUUCAGCAUCUCGGCCCUGGGAGCGACCUUCAGCACCGACCGCUCCUGGGAGGCUCGUCUCAACUCCAUGUACAGCAGAGCAAAACAGGCCACUGCUCCUUCCUCCUCCUGCUUCGCUUCAUCUCAGCCUCCCAGGACCUCCUCAUGGUUCUCCUCCCUCCCCCACCUGGACCCCCACCUGGCUCCCUCCUCGUCCCACAGCAGAGUGCCUCCGGGGGGGAUGACCGUCGCUUUCGCCGUCCCCGAAUCGUCCGCUUCAUCUCAGCUCACCGUCUCUGAGUUCUCCGCUCUGCUGACCUUCGUCCGCCCGGGAAACCAACAGACCACAGUUGCAUUGUGGGAUAUGGAGUACGGGAACGUGAGAUACCACCAGGCGGCGGGCGAGGCGGCGCCGGUUCAGCGCUGUGGAGAGCGGCAGCAUCGGCUGCUGCUGAAGAAGGCUGGCGUGUUCCAGGUCCUGUUCUCCGUGUCGCAGCAGGACUUGCUCAGCCGGUUGAUGUUGUUCGGCAGCGCGGCGACAGUGGACGCAGUCUGCCACCUGAACAGCUGGGGGCGCUGCUCCAUCCCCAUCCACGCCCUGCAGACUGGACUGAAGAACCGUCAGCUGGACACGGUCGAUUUCUACCUGAAGAGCAAAGAAAACGUCCUGAACUCUCCGGCGGCUGCGUUCAGCUCUGCCGAUCAGCCCGCCGCCUCCGCGCUGAGCCUCACAGACAGAGUGCAGGAGCUGUGUCCCGCCUUAGACCUGCUGUGUUCGGCCGUCAGAGACUCGAACAGCGAAGCUCAGAGCCGACAGUUCUCCGAGCAGCUGCUCAACAUCACCCUGAGCUUCGUGAACACGCAGAUCCGCUCCGUGCUGUCCAACACACACCACGAGGACUCGGGCGUGCAGAGCUGCAUAAACGUUCUGGAUCGGUACGUCGGCGAGCUGAGGAGCUACAUGAAGAGAUUCCCCUGGGUGGAGGAGCUGUCCCGUCGGAGUUACUUCCCAGAGGAAGAGAAGGAGAGCGUUGAGUUCAUCGGGGAGAUGGAGAAGCUGGGGUCGCGGCCGGCUGUCCGCUGCACAGGAAGUAGCUCGCAUCAAGGCCACGGCGUCUUCAUCACCUUCUGUCUGGAGCACAACCUUCAGUACCUGCUCUACACCUACCUGGAGCACUACAGACUGACCCCCAGAAACUGCUCCCUGCUGAGCAGUCAGAGCCUCUCCGAGCGGCAGCCCUGGUUCGAGAUGCUGGUGCGGAUCCAGGAGAUCACCAGAGAUCUGUCAGAUCCAGGACUGGUGUUCCAGGCCAGUCUAACCAGUGCUCAGGUGUUAUUACCUGGCAGCCAGGCGUCGCUCAGCAGUCUGCUGUUAGAGGGUCACAGUCUGCUGACUCUGGCCGCCAUCAUGUUCGCCCCCGGAGGAAUUGACCAGGUGAUGGCUCAGGGUCAAAGGUCGGGCAGGUCAGAGAGGACGGUCGACCCGCAGCUGCUGAAGAUGGCGCUGGCCCCGCAUCCCAAACUGAGGGCCGCCCUGUUCCCUGCCGUCCCCCGCGGAAACGGCCCGCCCUCCGACAUCUCCGUGUACCACCUGCUGCAGUCCCUCCUCCCUCUGGACCCGUCCAGGCUGUUUGGCUGGCAGGCGGCAAACACCCUCAACUCCACAGAAACAUCGGAGCUGCCUCACUUCUCCAGCGCUCACCUGGUCCAAAGGUUCGCUCUAAAAGAGAAUCUGGACUAUCUCUACUUCCUCCACCACGGUCGGCCAUCUUUCGCCUACGCCACCUUCCUCGUCCAGCAGCUCAGCGGCAGCGGGGACGUCAGGCUAACGUGUGUGUGUGUGUGUGUGUGUGUCAGGUCGUCGUACGAGGCGGCUCAGGAGUGGGCGCUGGCCGUUCAGUUCUGUCAGCUCCACAACCUGCAGCUGAGCUCCGUUUACCCCGCCCACUGUGCCCAUGACGGACAGUUCAUCCACUUCCUGUUAUUUGUCCAACUGCACAACUUCCCGCCUCAGCAGGUGAGGUCGCUGGCGGCUCAGUUUGGCCCCACCCUCCAGGCCCACCUGAGCUUGGCAUUUCAGGACCUGCAGGUUUACUGCAAGAAGAGCUGCGACUCUGAUGAGCAGCAUUCGGUUCUGAGAACUGAGGAGGCGGCCUCGGGGAGCCCGGAGCGCCCCGGGGAGAUGUUCCAGGCGCUCCUGCAGAGCCAGGAGGAGCCGGCACCCUGCAGAUACCUCCUGCAGGAGGCGGUGGUGCAGCGCUGCCCCACGCUGGCGGUACUGGCUGCCUGCAUGCAGGGAGCAGAGCUGCUGCCGUGCCUUUGUGUGUGGGUGCUGACCUCUGUCGAUGAUGUCACCGCCGAGGAAGCCACCUCCCACCUGGCUCAGGCGCCGCAGCAUCACGAAUGGACCUUGCACGACCUUUCCAUCAUCUGGAAGACGCUCCUGGGCCGGAGCCUCGCGAGGCCCCUCCUGCGAGGCUUCGAGCUCUUCCAGAAGGACUGUCCUCUGGUGUUGGUGCUCAGGAUGUUUGAGCUUUGCUGCGACUACAGAAACUUCGCCGAGGCCAAGUCGAAGCUGCUGGACUUCCAACGGACCCUCAUCGCUCUGAGAAACGGUGGUCCUGCGCCCCCUGGUGGCCUCCCCCUGCAGUGGGUUGAGAGCCAGGCCUCGGUGCUGCUCCUCACGAUGCUGCAGCGCUGCUCCUCGCAGUACGACAUCCACCGGCUGCUGCAGCUCCUCGCCGACGUCGACAAACUCCUCAAAUCCAACGGUCCAGAUUUCAGGAAGCUGAACCAGCUGAGUCAGCUGCUUCAGGGGUCAGAGGUCAGCAUAUCUCCCAGGCUCCUGCAGAGCAGUUCUCCCUCCGUUCAGCAGGAGGAGUUCCAGGCGACCGUAGACGCUCUGCAAGCGAGGGGGUGCUACAGCCGGGCGCGGCAGGUGGCGCAGCUGGCCGGCCUGCCCGUGCACCGUCUGCUGCUCAGCCAGCUCCUCCAGGAGGUGAGCUCUCAGAGGUCCAAGCGGCAGUGGGGCAGAUUCGAGACCCGCGUCGGCUUCUGGAAGAAAUGUCACGAGCAGCUGGAGGCCGACGGCACCGAUCCAGACCCCGCCUCCCAGUUCUUCCUGUCGCAGGCUGAGGCCGGCGCUCCAGGGUCUCCGGAGGCUCCGGAGGACCUGCUGGACAUCCAGGAGCACUGCCUGCUGCUUGGGCUCGCCGCCCACUGGCUCUCCCGGAUCGCGCCGGCUCCCGUGGACAAACUGGAGAGCCUGGAGAAAGCGCAGUGGCUCAGCCGGAUCCGCAAACGCAUCCUUACCGUCGCCAUGGAGAAGGAGAGCGUCUUUAACCUGCCGCCGGCCGCCAACCCUGAAAUGAACACGCACAAGGCGCUGAUGAAGGAGUUCUCCUUCUCCAACAUAACUCAGCUGAACGUCGAGGGGUACCUCGGGCUGGAGGGACUGCCCGGCCCCUCCGACGAGCAGGAGGAGCCUAACGGGUACCUCGGGCUGGAGGGACUGCCCGGCCCCUCCGACGAGCAGGAGGAGCCUAACGCCGAGUCGGCGCUGAGUCCAGAGGAGAGGAGCGUUCUGGCCGCUCUGAUUGGUCAGCUGUUAGACGACGGCAGCAUCCACGAAGCGAGCCGGGUGUGCCGUUAUUUCUCCCUGUACCACCCGGACGUGUGGCUGGUGCUGCGCUGCCGAGGCCUGGCGUCCGGAGAGCUGAGCGACGAACCGCAGGAGGACGGCGCCGAAGCUCCCGCGAGGGCAAGCCUCACGAGCUCUCCCUCAGUCAGCAGCCUGUCCUCCUUCGUGAUGCUCCCCCUCCCCGAAGAUGAGGUCGCCGUCCAGCUCCAGAAACUGGUGGAUCAGUGUCGCCAUGGCAACAACUACUGCAAACAAGUCCUCAGCCUCUACCAGCUCUGCAAGGAGCUGCAGUGCUCCUUCAGCAGCGUCUGCGGGGAGGAGCCCUGCUCGGUGCUGGAGAAGCUGCUGCUGUCCGAGCAGCCGGAGCGCUUCAGGAAGGCUCGGGCCUUCGUCAAAGCUCAGGGUCUGUCUGCGGACGCCGUGGCUGAGCUCAUUUCCUCCGCUAUGGUUCAGGCGCUGCUGGCCUCCAGCCAGGAGCUGCAUCCAGUGGUGGAAAAGCACAUUUUCAGACCGUUGGAGGGCAGGGACGCGCUGGUGCAGCUGAUCAAACUGUGUGACGACCCGAACCUGGUGGGACUCAAACUGCUGGAGCACCUCAACUCUGUUCCUCUGAGGGACCUGAACUGCAUUGUGGAGCUGCUGAUCAUGGCGCACGACUGUUUCAGUCUCACCUGCAACAUGGAGGGGAUCGUGAGAGUGCUCCAAGCCGCCCGUCACCUCAGCCACACCUACCUGCAUCUCACUUCCUGUGUUUCAGUCAUCACGCCGGAGCUGAAGAGCUCAUUGGUCAAAGUGCUGGGUCUGCUGAAGGACGCGGCGGAGAGCUUCUCCAAGGAUUCGUGCGUGCGUCAGGCGACUCGCUGCAUCCGCACAGCCAAGCUGGUCGCUCUUCAGCUCCACUUCCUGAAUCAGGGAUCAGACCUGCGCAUCAUCAACCUGCGACCUGCUGAGCUGCUGAGCGCCGCCAUGGCGCUGCCGCGGUGCUACCAGGUGUUCGUGGUGUCGGAGGCGUACGGCUACAGUCCGGACUGGGCGGAGAUUCUGUACCAGAAGGUCGUCCUGCACGGAGACUUUGGUUACCUGGAAGAGCUCAAACGCCACCGCCCGCUCACCUCCGCCCUGUUUGAGGACAUUUUCAAAAAGCUGGACGGCGCUCCCGGCAGCGUCACCUCCAACGUCAAGCGCCUGCUGACCUACUGCGACGACGUGUACAGCCGCUACAGGCUGGCGUACCAGCAGAACCUGCACGACAUCACCAAGAUGCUGCUGCAGGACGCCAAGACGUCGAGCUACCUGAGUGACAGGCUGGGCAGCUGAUCGUUACCUGGCCGCAGCGUCAGCGUGAUCAAUAACCGCCAACGACAGGAAACACUGUGGAUGUACAGAAUGUGUUA